CGGGAGGGCGAGUGCUUUAGAAGAAGCCAAUGGGAUGGCCCUUUGGGGAGGGGAAGCCUCCGAACCUUUUCGACUGAAUUUGUCCCUCGAGUGUUCCUAUAGUGUACCCGGAAGUGGCGGCAGGUUCUUUCGAUUGCGGUCGAGCCGUUAGGUGAGCCGCGACCCUGAAGGAGAGGCAGAGAGAAGGCCCGCCCCGGAGGCCUACGAAGAGGGGCAAGGGGCCCGCGGCGGAGUUGCCCCGGCGAGGCCGAGGAAAGAGCUGUGAGCCAGCAGAAGGAGGAGGCGGCCCGCCAGGCCUCGGCGCGGCUGUGGUGACCGAGGAGAGGCGGCCGCUGCUGCCACUGGCCCCAUGGAUUCCUGGGUGCGGUUCAGCGCCCAGAGCCAAGCCAAGGAGCGGGUCUUCAGGGCUGCCCAGUAUGCCUGUACUCUGCUUGGCUACGCGAUGCAGAAGAAUGGGGCCAGUCCUGGUUUCCUUGCUAGGAUCAAGCAGCUGGAAGCUCACAUGAGCUUGGGACGCAAGUUGUUCCGGCUAGGGAACUCUGCAGAUGCCCUGGAGGCGGCCAAACGGGCCAUCCACCUGUCAGACAUGGUCCUUCGUUUCUGCGUCACUGUGAGCCACCUGAACAGAGCCAUGUACUUUGCCUGUGACAAUGUCCUGUGGGCAGGGAAAUCGGGCCUUGUCCCCCACAUGGACCAGGAGAAAUGGAGUCAGCGGUCCUUCAGGUAUUACCUCUUUGCACUGAUCAUGAACCUGAGCAGGGAUGCCUAUGAGAUCCGGCUACUGAUGGAGCGUGAGGUGAACGGGAAGUGCCAGCGAAGUGGCAGCGGAGACAGCCCCGGCACGUCCGCGGGGGAAGAUGGGCGGCUCCAGCAGCUGGCGCUGCGGCUGCGGCUGCGGCUCCAUCUCCUGGCCCACGUGCUGAGGGACAACCCCCCUCUGCUCCUCGACCUGAUGAAGAACGCCUGUGACAUUUUUAUCCCCUUGGACAAGCUGGGCCUCUACAAGACCAGCCCGGGUUUUGUGGGGCUUUGCGGCCUGACGUCCUCCGUCCUCUCCAUUCUCGCCAUCGUCUACCCAUGGCUGAAGCUGAAGCCUUGAAAGGAGCCGGCAGGGCUAGCUGGCCUUUGCAGAGCUCCCUCUUUCUGCGAGCUCCAGGGGCCAGCGUAGGGCACCUGUGAGUUUGAUGGCAUUAGCCGGCCAGUGGCUGUUAGGGUGACAUUGCCUCCUUGGAAUGUGCGGUCUUGGGCCUGUUGGGAUUUUUGGGGACAUCUGGUUGCACUCUUUUAAGUAGAGGCCAGCAGCUUGACAGGACUUCACUGCCAAACUUCCUGACACCUCUGGGCCACCAUACUACAGCCCUCCUAUGCAGAUAGUCCUCAAGAUGCAUCCCUUUCCACACCAUAUUGCCUCUUCUCACAAACUUUCCCCCUCUUCUGCUCUUUUUGACUCCUCUUGGGCUGCUGUGCAACAGUUUAGCCUCUUGUGAACUGGAGGAAUGCAUCCUUUGUUGGAGCCAGGUGAGGCCGCCGGAGCCGCAUCCCAUCACACCAACUUCUUCCAGUCUGACCAGGAGAGCAGGGGAGGAGAAACGAAGGCCCACACUUUGUCCGUAAACCUUGUGGGCUAGAGAUAGACUGCCAGCUCUUUGCCAAGGAAGCAAAGCGGGGGCAAGACCCGGUGGCAUUCAGCUUCCUCUCUGGUGGGAGGCAAAGGCGGAAUGGCCUUGGAGCUGGGGCCCAUGGCUAGUAAGUGGGGCUCUGCUGUUCCUUUAGGGCUGUGGCUCUCUUUUUGAGGCCUUCCCUCUCCUCGCAUUAACAGGCAGAGCUUCUAUGUAAGCCUUCCCCGGUGCCCUCCAGAUGUGUUUGCCCAUGACUCGUCAGUCAGCAAGGCCUUUUUGGACUCCUCUCACCCAUGCCCGUACUUGCUGAGGCUGAUGUACGAGUCCAAAACAUCUGGAGGGCACCAGGAUGGGGAAGGCUGUUCUGUCCAAUGCCUUGAUCUUUGGCGCUGUUAACUCCUUUUUCACAUUUGAUUUGUAAGAAUCCCCUCAACCCCCAAACAACCAACCCUUCCCUUUGAAAUCUAGUGAUCUUCACAGCCUUCUGAUGCUACAUCUAGCCUGUCCCAUAGACUUUUCUUUGGGGUUUCUUUUUACGGUUGAUGGUUCUUGUUUAUGUGUUUUCGUUCUGAGCAGGGGGGCGAUUUUCUUUCAUGCAGCUGUCAGAAAAUGGCACUCUGUGCUCAGAUGCUUUUUUAAAAGUCAGGCUUCUGGACAUCAUUGUUUUCCAGCCAGGCCUAGCAAAGUUCAGGGUUUGAGAAGGCUCUCGGAAGAGAGGAUUUUGCCAAUGGCAGCUUUUCCCAUUGCAGUGUCAUAAAGGUGGGGGAACCCUUACCUGGCAGGCUUCUCCGUUCCUGCAGCUCGUGAAGCUUAGGAGCCUGCUCAGAGUGUGUAUCUAGCAACGCUGCUCCUCGUACCCUAUUCUGCCACCUGUUUUCCUUUCACAGAAGAUGUGUGCUUUUAGCCGUUGCCUGGCAGACAUUCCACUCUGCCUACUUUCAUCCUUCGCUGUAUCUCUCAUUGCUGGGAGAAGUUGCACAGGUUGAAUUUCUGCCUUUCACCCGUCUGCUAUAGCCACAAAGCCUUGUGAUUGGAUGGUACUAUGUUGGGUGAAACCAGAGCUACAAAUGUCUGGGUGAUACCACUUCGUACUGCAGUGGGGGAGAACUGAAUGUUCUCAUAUACGAGAGAAAUUUCCCACCUCUAGGAAAAAACUGCGCAAGAUUCUCCCUGACAUGAGUUCUGUGUGCAGCAAACUGUUUGUGGGAAAAUCCCUCAGGAAUGUGCCAUGUGCACACACCCCUUUGAAGUCUGAAAAUGCAUGCCAGGCAGACGUUUGCCAACUUGGCAUGAGGCCUUUGUGGAGGGGCAGAGGAGUCUCCGGGGUCCCUGUUUACCUGCUGUGCCCCCUCCAUGCCAAGGCAUCAACUCCCUGAAAGCGUCUGCUUUUAGCUCCUGGCUGCUGCCCGUCCUUCCCUUGCCAGGCCAGGCCUCUUGUGCCUCCCAGACAGCUUCUUAAACCCUACCAGCUCCGCUUGUAGCCUCUGCCUUGAUUUUGCAACAGCAUGCCUAAUCCGGAACAGGCAGCAGACGGGUAGGCAAGGUGGUGCCCUCCAGCUGUUGUUGGACUUGCGCCUCCGUUGUCCUAGAGCAUUGGCCACGCUGGCUGGGGCUGAGGGGAGUUUGAGUCCAGCAAUAUCUGGAGGGCACCAUGUUGGCAGCCCCAGGGUUAAAACAUUGCUACUUCUCCAGGUCCUGAACAGCAUCUCUACCCCUUCCUCUCACUAAUGUAUCAAAGAAAACAGGGUUGAUCAUUUGAUCCAGUAAAUUAAGGUUGACAUAA